AUGUCACCUCCGGCCAUGGCGCCAGCUCUGGGUGUGGGCGGUAAAAGCUAUAAGACCGAGUCGGGACUCGCUCGGCUAUUGGGAUCAGGCUCUGCUGGAGUUGCUGAGCUCAUGAUCUUUCACCCUGUUGAUACCAUUGCGAAAAGGUUGAUGAACAACCCAACCAGAGUGACCUCGCUUUCUGCUCUCAACGCCGUCAUCUUCAGACAAUCUGCGACCGCCCCCGUCCUCACGAAGUUUACUUCCCUUUUCCCAGGUCUAGGAUACGCAGCAGGCUACAAGAUCUUGCAGAGAGUAUAUAAAUAUGGCGGUCAACCGUUCGUCCGCGACUACCUGACCCAGCACCACGCCCAGGAUUUUGACAGCGCAUUCGGCAAAGGUACCGGCAAAGCAAUGCUCAGUGCAACCGCUGGCUCCCUCAUCGGCAUAGGCGAGGUCGGCCUACUUCCUCUUGACCUUUUGAAAAUUCGCAUGCAAUUAAGGACUCCUGGUAGCCCUUCCCAAGGUUUUUUCCAGAUCAUCAAAGAGGAAGGUUUCUUUGGUUUGUAUAGGGGGGCAGGGUGGACAGUGGCACGAAACGCUCCAGGCUCCUUUGCUCUGUUCGGAGGCUCUUCAUUCACGAAAGAAUACCUGUUCAAGCUUGAGGACUACAAUGCAGCGACGUGGGGCCAGAACUUCGUUGCCUCUGUGGCUGGGGCAGCAGCAAGUCUCCUUGUUUCCAGUCCUUUAGACGUGAUCAAGACCCGUGUCCAGGCGUCGUCUCAAGGCGAGACCGGUUUUCGAAUCGUGGCGAGUAUGGUCAAAAAUGAAGGCGUGACGAGUUUCUUCAAGGGCAUUGUUCCCAAGAUGUUGAUGACCGGCCCGAAGCUCGUGUUUUCAUUCUGGCUAGCUCAGACACUCAUCCCGGCCUUUGGCAAGAUCGUGUGA